UCACGGCCGCCUUGUUGCUGCUGUCAUCCUGAACCUCACCCCUCUCGCGUCGCCGCCAGUGCUCGCUGAUGACGUCGGGCCUCUUGCGCAGAGACUGACGCAGCGCCGCGCAGAUGUCGGGAUGGCAGUGGAUGAGGCGCGCGAUGAGGAUAGCGAGCGAAGCUGUCGAGCAAGUUGCUCGCCAGCUGAUGGUCGGCAAGCCAUCCCUCCACCACGACCUGACACAGGCCGAUUGCUGGACGAGACCUCUCUCAUGCCGAUUGCUCACCUUGCGAUGGAUGCGCAUGGCUGCGCCACAGGAGGCUCUGAGUGCUGCCCUUGACAAAGAUCUGGUCGACGUCGAAUUGCAGGUAGUCGAGGGCAAUCAUGGCCUCCAGCAAAUUGUCCUUGGUCAGCGAGCUGACGAUAUCCAUCUCCUGCUGCAGUACCACCUCACCGAUGGGCCGGCUGAUCUUCUCGAUGCACACCUGACGCUCCUGGCCCUCCUGAAACUUGCCGCCCAUCACCUGCACACACACAAAGGCGAUGGCCAGAUUGCCUCGCUGGUUUCUAUUCCUGCUAAUGUUGCUUCUCACUGACGGAUGUGCUCUCCUCCCCUUCAUGGAAGAGGAGAGCAACGGUGACGGCAGCGAGCUCAGGCCGCAGACUUUC